AUUUAUAAUAUAAUAUUUAAUUAACAAAGCCAUAAUAUUAUUUGAUAGGAAAAUUUUUUAAAAGAAUAAAAGGAUUACCCAAUAUAAAAUGCAAUUAUUUCUGAUAACUAGCAGAUUAUCGUGCGACAUUUUAAUAAUAUGCCUAAUAAGUGGUAUUGUAAAUUUUUAAAUAAACUAUUGAAAAUAUUAAAACUAAAAGUAUGCAAUAAAUUAAUUUAAAAUUCACAAACUUAUCAUUAAUUAAUUAAAAAAAAAAAAAACAAGAACGAAAUAAUUAAAAUGAACACAAUUUUAGGAAAUUUACCAAAUAAUUUAAAAUAUUUAAUAAUGUAUGAAAAUCCAAAUAUAUUAAAUGAACAUGAAUUAUUAUUAUAUCAUAAUAAUAAUAAAAAUAAUUAUACUAAUUAUAAUAAUAUAAAUAAUAUAUUAAUUAAAAAAACUAUAACAACAGCAUCAGCGAUAACAGCAACAGCAACAGCAACGACAACAGCAGCACUAUCAUCAAAUUCAAUUAAUAGUGGGAUAACAACCACAACAACAACAACAAAUUUAUCAUCAUAUUAUAAUGAUCCAUAUUUAAUAACAUCCGAUGAUAUUAAUUUAACUAAUAUUUUUAAUAAUAACUAUGAUAAUAUAACUGAUAAUGUACCAAUAUUAUUAAUAGCUGCAGAAACAGUUGGUAAUUUUUUAUCAUGCUAUUAUACACCGAUUUUAGUUUUCUCUGGUAGUAUUGGUAAUAUACUAUCUGUAUUUGUAUUUUUUAAAACAAAAUUAAAAAAAUUAUCAUCGAGCUAUUAUUUAUCAGCUUUAGCAAUAAGUGAUACAUGCUUUUUAAUUGGUUUAUUUAUACAAUGGUUAAAUUUCAUAGAUAUAUACUUAUACAAUCGUGAAAUUUUGUGCCAAUUUUUUACAUUUUUUAGUAGUUUAUGCAGUUUUUUAUCAGUAUGGUUUGUUGUUGCAUUUACUGUUGAACGUUUUAUAGCUGUUAUGUAUCCAUUAAAACGUCAAACAAUGUGUACAGUUAAAAGAGCUAAAAUUGUAUUAUUUGGUUUAACUAUGUUAGGUACAUUACAUUGUUUACCAUUUAUAUAUUUUGCUAGUCCUAGAUUAGAUACAACUACAAAUUCAACAAUAUGUGAUAUAAGAUUGGAACUUAAGGAUUAUAUGACAAUAAUAAAUUAUAUAGACACAGUUGUGGUAUUUGUGGUACCAUUUACAACAAUCGUUGUUUUGAAUACAUUCACCGGAUGUACUGUUUGGAAAUUUGCAACAGUAAGACGUACCAUGACAACACAUAAAAGGAAGCAGACAACACAUGCCACCACAAGAAAUGAUUUUCCAACAACUGUGUACAGAACACCAACAUUAAAGAAAACAUCAUCUUUAAUUUCCAAUUGUUCACAUCCGAAUGGUAAAAAUAGUAUUCGGUACAGUGGUACUGUUAAAACAGGUCGCCGCAAAAUGACAAAUACAUCACAAUUAAAAGUUACAAAAAUGCUAUUAAUUGUAUCAACAGUUUUCAUAUGUUUGAAUUUACCAAGUUAUGUGAUGAGAGUUCGGGCCUUUUUAGAGACAAAUCCUUCAAGGACGACAAUUGCUGUUCAAUAUAUUUGUUGGUUUCUAUUUUUGACGAAUUUCGGGAUCAAUUUUGUAAUAUAUUGUCUUAGUGGGCAGAAUUUUAGGAGAGCGGUUAUUAGUAUAUUCAGAAAACCAUCAUCAAAUCACAAGGAUGGAUUAACUCAAGUCACGGUUUCAGAGUACUUAAGAACAAAUGGUCAUCGUUUAUCAAGAAGGAGAACAGUAACACAAAAUGGUUUAUGGAAGGAAUCACAUGAACUACAACAAGUCAUAUCUCUGAAAUAGGACGAAGAAGAAAAAAAAAACGAAUACAAUCCGAAAAUAUUUAAAAAAAAAAAAAACAGAAUUCAUUCGUAUGUACAUAAAAUUUAAGCAAUUAUUUGCAGAUCCUUAAAGGAUUUAAGACACAAAAAAAAGAAAAAUAAAAUAAAAAUUAAUAUUAAAUCCUAAGUUAUAUACCUACAUCUAAAAUAUAUAAAAUAAUGUACAUUU